GAUUCUUUGAUCUUUUCUCCCUCUUUGUUACGCUUUCAUUUUUUCCCCCGUUUGUUCAAUUAAAUAUGUCCAGUAUUUACAAUACCUCACGUUUGGAUAAGUCAAAGAGGCCUGUUCAACGUCGCGUGGAGCCACCUCGACCUGGCAUCGGUCCACAACGUUUGGUCCAACAACAAAUUCUUCAAAAUCGACAACAGCAAUUAUUACAGCAACAACAGCAACCAGAAAGCACUUACACUGAUUUCCCUCUUAUGUCAACCGCCAAACGUGGUAAACACCACAUCAUGGAUUUCAAAUCACCUAAAACAGUCGACCCCAAAAACUUUGCACGUCCUGUUAAAUUACAUCGUGAAAAAACAGACUUUCUACCUUAUCGACAAUAUAUUGCCAAAAUAGCAGCACAAAAUGCCGCUAAUGAAGAACAGAAAAAAGCUGCGCAAGCAAAAGCGGAAGCAAUCAUGGCUGGCAAACUUAUACCCACUUCUCCGCCAUCCUCUCAAAGCAAAGAGAAAGGGAAAGGAAAAGAAACUGUAGAAGAAGUAGGCGGUGAAGAGAACAAAAGCAACACAGCAUCAACCAAAUCACAACAUGGACCCAAAUCAGGUGCCGAUACCUCAUUAAUUGCACCUUUAGGUGGGGCUACUCGCAACAAACAAUUGCUUUUUAAAAAGCGUACAAAGCAAAUUUAUCUCGCAAAGGAAGAUACCAGAGAGUUGAAAGAACAAGAACACCGGCCAUGGAUAUUAGAAGAUUAUGAUAGCCAGCAUAGUUUUACUGGCACUUAUGAAGGUGGCCAGCGUUCAGAUUAUAUGUUCUUUGUAUUAACUGACAAUGGAUUCAGAGUUGUACCCGUUGAUAGAUGGUACAAAUUCCAGCCCAAGCGCCACUUCAAGCAUCUCAGUUUAGAAGAAGCUGAAGAACAAAUGAAAAAACAACAAAAACGUGAAAACGGUAGAUGGAUGAUGUUGAAUCGUAGUAAAGAACAAGAAGAGGAGGAACGUGCAGCAUCACAUUCAGGCAAAUUCAAAAUUGUCGAUCAUAACGAUAGUAGACGCGGCUCUGAUGAUGAAGGCGGUAAAGAAGACUCAGAUAUGGAUGACCUUGAUUUUGAUGAUGUCUUUCAAGAUGAUGAAGAAGGCACUGGAGAACACGAAGUUGAGGACGAGGAGAUUAAAGACAGUAAAGACCGUGUUAAGAAAGAGAUUAAGGAUUACUCUAUCAACAGUGGUCAAGACAUAGAUGAUGAUGACAUUCUAAUGAAAGACAACAAUGGACUUUCUUCAGAAGGCAAACAGUUACGUAAACUUGUUCGUGACCUCGAAAAGAAUCGUGCUUAUGAAAGUGACGAUGAAGAAGCUGAUCCAUAUGCUUCCAGUGCUGAAGAAAUGGAAACAGACAACGAUGAAGAGGAUGAGAGUAAGAAAACAGAGGAUGAAAAGAAAGAGAAAAAUGCACAUAUGCCACUUAAAAAGAAAAUUUCUGCGACCGCUAAUAAUGCUCAUAAGAGCAACUUGACGCCGAAAAAAAUGCAUGCGAACAAACUUAAGAAAGAAGCUAUGUCAAAACCAUUGGGUCGUCCUGGAUCACCCUCCAUUUAUAUGAAAAAGAAGGAGCACGGUGAAAAUGUUUCUUUGUCUUCACGUUCUGUAGGUAAACCGUCUUCGCCGCUUUCAACUGCUGCUGAAGCUGCCGCUGCGGUAAAAAGAGAACCAUCACCUACUUCUCCUUUAGCCCAUCAACAUCGUCCAUCUUCGCCUAUUGGUAUCUCCAAUAAAGAGUCUAAUACCAAAAAGCGCAGAAUUGAGGAGUUUACAGAAAGUACUGGAACAGGUAGCCAUAAGCACAGAAAAACUGAUACAAGCACGUCGCCCUCUCCAGUUACAACAACCGCAGCAGCAGGUGGCAAUGGUGAUGAAUUGAUUACAGAAAAGGAAGUCAUCGAUACUUUACGAGGAAAGGUAAUGACAACGAAGGAAUUCUUAAUGAGUUUCCGUAAGCGUAUCAAGAAAGAUCCUCGCAACCGUGAUAUCAUUACAACUUUGCUGAGAAAGGUAGCGAAGAGCAAUCGUGCUUCUGAUCCCAAUACUCGCUCACUUGAAUUAAAGCCAGAAUAUCAAUGAAUGAGCUUUAAGAAUAUUAUUUGAGUGAUUGAAAAAAGUAAAGGGAUUGCUUAUCUUUGUGAAGCUUAUUUUUACUGGUCACUAUACUAAUAGAUAGGAGAAGCCUACUAUGUAUUAUUUUCAAGGUUAAUACUACGUUAUCAAUAAAUUGUACCCAUCGAACAUCAUUUUUUACGUGUUGUGUAUAU